ACAUAUUCCUACAAUGAACUAUUUUUAAUUGGGUACCUAGUACCUACUUAUGGCUUUAUUUCAUACAGGGUGCCCAGAAAUAUCGUGAACCCCUAAGAAAGUUUUUUAUUAAAAAUAUAGGGUGGCAAUGCGAAAUAGAUGCGUACGAUUGGUGGAAUGUUAUCACCUCAGUCUAACAACCAAACAUGCGCUAUCAUUAUUAUCAUUCACUGUGAUCAACCGAAACAUUCAGCAGAAAACUUUUUUAGGGGUCACGACAUUUUUGGGCAACCUAUUUGUUUUUUAGCGCAUGUUUUUCAAAAGGUACCUACUACCUACUUCUCACUUCUCAUGCAGUUGCCUUUAUUCAUAGUAAUGCAAUGUACUUAGAAGUAGAAUAACUGAAAACUUUCAUAUCAGGAGAGUAUGUGUCCCAGUUUUUGAGAUAAACCCAAUUGUCAACGUCAUCUUCCUAUAUGGAACGUCAGUUUUACGGAUUGUAAGUCUACCUACACCCACCCACCUACCUACCUACAUAAAAUUGCAGUGAUUGCUCAAUGAAAAAAUAUUCUGGUUCUUGGUACGAGUUUAUCGAUGUAAUUUCAGGGAAAUCAGUUAUUGUUUCUUUUUAUUGCGCGUACGUGAUUUGCAAUUUUUCAAUCGAAUACAUCGCUCGUGUUACCGAAGUCAGCAAAAAAGGAGCCAUGUCCCAGUCUAAGCAACAAAGCAGUUCUUUCCAAGAUGCUGAGCAGUUUUUGUCGCAUUCGUAUUCAUCUGAAGAUGAAUUCGUGGAAAAGUACAAGAAGUUUUACCAAGGAAACGCAAAAUCCAAACAACUUUAUCUCUUCGUUUUAAUUACACUAGAAAAUUCGGUAGUAUCAGUUAUUUCUACUUACGAAAGGUCGUGGACAGAAGAAAGUAGUCUUGAGUCGAUUUUCAAGGAAGCCGAUGAAUUUGGGGAGGAAAUACAACAGUUCCUCAAGUUCCCUGAUGAUAAACAAGUUAACAUCCUUCUCAAAAUGUAUUUCGACCUGAAAAUGACCAAACUUAAACUGGAAAUGACCAAAUCUGCCAUCGCUGGAAUGGGUUCGAUUUCAAAGAAACGCGAGAAAAUUGAGGAGGAAAUACAAAAGUUCCGCGACUUACAUGACGAUAAAAAAGUUAACAGCCUUCUCGAAAUGCAAUCCGACCCGGAAAAUAUCAAACUUGAACUGGAAAUCGAGCGGAAUAAGACCAAAUCUGCCAUCGCUGAAAUGGAAGAAGAACGCAAUUUACGUAAAACGUUGCAAUGCCUAAUGGACUUUGCAGAGCUGAUGGAAAGCUUCCUGGAAUGGUGCUAUCCUAACUGGGCUGGCGUUAGAAAACCGUAUACUUAUGGAAAAGACGUUUGGAAACACGUUCUCUACAACUUAGAAGAUCCGCAAGUUCAACUCCUAAAAACUGAAUUGAGAAAAGCAUCUAUAUCGGAAGAAAGUUUUAUCCGCGCUAUGGACUCGUUUUUAAAAUUAGGAUUUCAGAAUGCGCACUUUGUGAUGAGACCCAUCGAGCGCCAAGAUGCUUACCCCGUAUUUUUGAAAUCCCUAAGCUCAGCUGGAAAAGUAGUGGUUCGGACAAUAUUGAGCUUUAUGUUCCGAUUCACAGAUGAUGAUAAACUCAUCUUAUUGAAAUAUUCAUCAGAAAUGACAACCACAACUCCUAAUCCGGAAGACAUUGCUGCAGCCGAAAAAAUGCGCCAGGAUACUGAAGUACAGCGAAACGUUUACAGAUUAAUACAUAUACCAAACUUUAAGUUAUCCUUACGCGAUGAAGAUUAUUUAGAAAAAGAUGUCAAAGACUUUGUCGAGAAACUCAAUGGAAAAGGCGAUUUCAACAUACGAAUGACUUGCGCGUUUAUCGCCAUGACUGAAGAAAAAAAGGGAGCAUUUAUUUUGUUCGACAGUUUUCACAGUGCAUUAAAAAUUUUCAAUCACAUUAAAGCCACCCCCCCAGAAGUCGGUCUUCAUGUAGAAGAACUUGAUGAUAUGAAACUUGUAUCGGUGGAGAAGACUCCUAUAUUUGAUGACGUCGCUGAAUUGAAGAUUACAGGCAAAGCAGUGACCGGUGGCCUCAACCCUUGGAACCAAGACGUAGCGAUCAGUGAGUAUCAAUUAUUUUGCUCAUUAUUCAAGGUCAAAACAAUUCUUAAAACCGAAAUUGGACGCUGUUUGAAAAUGACAGAAGGUGAAUUUUCCGUGUUCUGUAGCUAUAAAACAUUUGAAAGUGUUCUCAUUGCUUACCAGACAGUGAAGGAAAGGCUAAGAUCCCGAAAUAUAGCAGCCGAAGUUUCUAUAAUAAAAACAGCUGAUGUGCACCUGAAUAAAUUAACUCCAGUAGAUAUCAAAUGUUAAGGACGUAUAUUUGAUAAUACAAUAAUUGAUAGAUGUGUUCUUUUUACACGGAUUUUCCAAUAAUCCACAAUCUGGAUUGUGGAUUAUUGCAAGAAUCCGAAAUUUGGAUUAUAUAAAAUACAAAUCUGGAAAAAAUCCAAAAUCCAAUCAAUCAUAUCUGAAAGCCAAAAUAAAAUGAUAAGACUGUUA